UUUAAUUUUUCCGCUAGGAUACAAUGAUUGCCAUGGCGAUUAAAUCUUACCAAAGACAUGCUGAGCUGCUGGUGAAGGAAUAUUUACUAGCUGAUCCUUUGAUUCCGUACACUUCUAUUAUAGGUGGCAUUUUUGCUUGCAAGAUGGUAUAUGAUCUUACCAACUUGUUCAGUGCUGUUUACUUUAAGAGCUAUUCCAGCCUCACGAAAUUGCAACGUAUUGAAUGGAACAACCGCGCUAUAUCCACUUUUCAUGCUGUUUUCAUUGCAACGAUGUCACUAUACUUUGUAUUUUGCUCUGAUCUUUUCUCUGAUCAACGUCACGGUGGCCUUGUUACAUUUCAGAGUUCUGCACUGUCUACAUUUGCAUUGGGGGUUUCUGUUGGUUAUUUCAUUUCUGACCUUGGGAUGAUUAUAUGGUUUUAUCCUUCUCUUGGUGGGAUGGAAUAUGUGAUUCAUCACUUUCUUUCCAUGAUUUCUGUGGCAUAUUCUAUGUUGACUGGGGAGGGGCAACUUUAUGCCUACAUGGUUCUUAUCUCUGAGACAACUACUCCUGGAGUCAAUUUGAGAUGGUAUCUUGACAUAGCUGGAAUGAAGAGGUCUAAAGCAUAUCUCGUAAAUGGGGUUGUGAUAUUCUUCGCUUGGUUUGUUGCUAGGAUACUCUUGUUUAUCUACUUGUUUUACCAUGUCUCCCUGCACCAAUAUCAGGUUAAACAAAUGCAUGCUUCUGGACAACUCUUAGCACUAGUAGUGCCAGUAGUGCUAUCUGUCAUGAACAUGAUGUGGUUCUGGAAGAUUUUCAAGGGGAUGAAAAAGACAUUAGCAAAGCGGCACUGAAUAACAUAUCUAACUGGAGCUGCAUAAACAAGUAGGCAAUGUAUACCUCAACUCAUGCCACUGAUCGGGUGUGUUUAUUUUGUGCCUUCUCUCCCCCUCUAUCAAUGUGCACAUCCACGAUAGGAAGCCUUGUAAAAAAGGAAUGUGUUUUCUUUCUGUAUGUCGAUCCAAUUCUCGAGAAUAAAUUGGAUACAGGUCUAUACUGACAAGUAGGAAAAUCGAAGGUGUGUUUGUACAGAAACGAUGAGAUAUGCUACGGCAUGCAAAUGCGUGCAUGUGUAACUGGAUUUACUCUGUCAAUACAAAUACUUAAUAGAUCAGAGUAGCCUGAACAUUGAAGUAAUGUAGGAAGCGACAGGUGAAUUAUGACAUGA